AUAAUGCUAAUUCAUGGUUGCAUCAUUUCACUCAACAACUCUCUGAUGUGCUGAUAUUCUCUGUAAAUGACCUUACUGGAGUGAAUCAGGAUGAUGUUGAUGUCAGCUUCCUAGAAGAUGUGAUGAAGAAAGAACUUCCUUCUAUAAUAUCUGACAUAAUCAGUAAAUUCAGCACAGAAACAUUUCCAGAAAAGCUGGAACACAAAGACAGACCAGAUGAGAUUCUGAUUGAUCACCUCUGUGAUUGCUGUUGGGUUCAGUGUCCUUUCUGUGCAGCCAUCUGCACCAACACAAUAGAAAACCAUGAUGGAGAUCACAGUGUGCCUUUCCAUCGUAAUAAUGGACUGAAUGGGUGGUUUUACAGAGGAACAACAAACCUGUCUAUCUGCAUCUGCACUUCAGCAGUAGCCAGUGAUCGAUCUUUUUAUCCAAAUAGCUCAGAUGAUACAGUCCCCUGGAAGGAAUACAGAAAAGGAGGCCCUAAAUAUGCUUCAUGGAGAAUCACCCCAGAUCUCUCUGAGCUGCCGUACUGGAAGUGGUUUGUGUACAGAUUCCAAAAAGAUCUAGAAAAUCACUAUGAAAAAACCUAUGCGGGGAGUGGCAAGAUCCCAGAUGAAUGGAAAAAAUACUCUAAAGAGGAUGCUAUUGAUAGUCUGGAUAGAUACAUUUAAGCAGCAAUUAUCAAAGACUCUGAUACAAAGACAGUUGAAAUAAAUAUCUGUUCCACGUCACUGACUGUGGCAUAUACCAGUUUUUUUUUUUAAGCAUAAAACCACUUAGCAAAAAAAAAAAAAAGAA